AUGACAGAUAAAGCAUCAUUGGUAGAGGAUUUAACAAAAAAGUUGAAUCUAAAAGAAGAUGAUAUUCAAUAUACAGCAUACAAAGGUGAAAUAGAGAUACAAGAGAUCAUUGCGCUGAUCGAGUGUGAACUCUCAGAACCAUAUACCAUCUUUACAUAUAGAUUCUUUUUAAACAAUUGGCCUGAACUAUGCUUUCUAGCACGUGAUCCAAGUGGUCAACUUGUUGGGAUUGUCAUCUCUAAGAAAUCGAUUCACAAUCAUUUACAAAGAGGUUAUAUAGGAAUGAUUGUAGUUGAUAAAAGAUAUAGAAGAUUAGGAAUAGGUAUGAAAAGAGAGAAAGAAGAACAUAUUAGAUAG